UUCUGCCUUUUUGCUCUUGUGAUCUCUCUGCAAACCUCUUUGACCACGGGGUCUUUUUGUUUCAAUGUCUGGAAGAAUGUGAACUGGAGAUCUCUUUUUUAACUCUAUUUCCCAAGGAGAAAUUCGAGUUUCAAUUGGGCUUCAGUGUGUUGCCGAUUCACAUGGGAGGAAGUUUUCACAGCGUGGCAAGGGAUCAAAGAACCUAAGGUGGCAAUUGAAUGUGCAUAUCGAACAAGGGAUGCAUACAUCAAGAACAGACAUCUUGUAGUGCCUAGGUGGACUAUAAAUAAACAAGUAAAAGAGGACUAUAGGCAAUAGAUGAUUAAUUAGGCCAAUCACCUCUACAGAUUCGCUAAAGCAUUCAGCAAGAAAACAAAAGACAUUUGGACCCUAUUUUUUUUCCUAAAUGGAAAAGUAGCGAUGCUGGGAGGGACACUGGUUUUCAAAGAUAAAUCCAUUGCUCUGUUUUCAUGUCGCGACACCCUAAAUUUCGCGUUCAUAAUAGUUAAAAUCAAAUUACUGUUCUACCCUCGCUCUUUUACAUUCUUAGGUUAAGAAAAGAAUUAGUCUCUUUGUAAUAAAAUGAACCAUUGGCCAUAACUUUGUUUGAGUGUUUUUGCGUGCCUAAGCCCGUCCAGAAUUAUUUUCUAAUUUGUGUGGGUCAAAUUCUAUUUUGUGUAGUUUUAUCUCUUUUCUCGAGUAAACACAUGAUACUAUGGUUCAGCUUCCAUGCAUUGAUGCAUAUUAACUGAACAUUGAAUUUAUGUAACUAGAGCAUUGUUGGCAGCAAUUUGCUGGUACUGUAUAAGAACUUGUCUGCAAUAACCUACAGUAACACUUUUUCUUUACCAUUCUUCUGUUUCUUAUAAACCAUCCAAUUAGGCCCAUCUUAUUCCAAAUAAUACUGACCAUUGAAAUAGCUCUUCUGCUGUUAUAGUACUACUAAUGCUGUGAUUUUAUUGGUUUAUAAAUGUAAGUGCUAGUAAUUCCUUUAUACUUGAUUAAUAAUCCAUUCUGGAUUUCCUCUUGUUUGGUUUGUACACUAGCCUGUUAACUGAACGUCUCAUUCUUCAAAAGCAAAUCAGGCUCUAAUGACUGUCUGGUAUUCUGGUAUGCAAUUGCUAGCAGUACCAGCCUACCAGGUGAGCUGAAAACUGUGGGCGAGCUUUCCUGAAUGCAAGGGCAGCCCACCGUUUCCCGGACAUCUGACGCCAUGGAUCCUGCAGGGUACGGACGAUCCAGCCUCUCCUGAUCUUACAGCCACCACAGGAGGCGGCAAAAUGUCACGGAUGACCAAGCGGUUCACUUCACAGCCGCAGGAGCCCGCAGCGCAGUCCCCACGAUCUUCUCGUCCAACUCCUCCGCCCGCCCAAUCGCGUCUCCAUCUGCAAGCUCCGCAUGAACUGAAGCCGUCCUUGGACUUGCUUUCCAUCCAACUCUUGCUGCUGCGAGUGUACUAGGUACGCUCCAAAACCGUGAUGCUUCCAGAACCACCAGAAUGGAGCCCGUGACCCCGAGAUGCCCGCGAAAAUCGAAGUCCUCGCCCUUUGUUAAACGCCGCGAGGUCACAGGAGGGCCCAGACGGCCUUCACAUGCCCUUGUUUCAUUCAUGUGAGUUGGAGGGAUGUGUCCUCACCGCAUCCCUUUUCAGACCACAGCAAUUCAGCAUGCUCCACUCAGCUGCACACUUCAUUCCUUGCUCAUCUCCUGAUUCUCCCAACCGCUAGAUGAUGAGUGCUUUGGUUUCUCAUAAAAUGCAGGUACAGCCGAGUUACUGAUAAUAAUAUUUUCUCGUGACGCCGGCGUUAGCGGAGUUCAGAGGACCCACCUGUCAAAUGGAUAUAAAGCAGGGUUUGGGGCCUAUCACCCUCUUCUCAGCCAUCACAGAAGCUCACACAUGAGCCAAGACUCUCCGCCAUGAAGAAACCAAGAGCGUCUCUCGCGUUGGAGACCCUGGUGGUGUUGUUUGCCGCUCUUCUUCACGGCGCGCAAUGCCAGAGCUCUGAGGGCAGCUCUGGCGGCGGCGGCAGCGCCAACCUCACGGUGAUCGGCACCGUGUUCUGUGACGCCUGUUCCUCCAGCUCCUUCUCCAAACACAGCUACUUCUUGCCAGGCGUGAAAGUCAGGCUGGACUGCAUGCUCAAAGUGAACUCCGAUUCCAAGGAGGAGAUCAAGAUCACCGCGGAGAAGGUGACCAACAGCUACGGCGCCUACCAGCUUGACAUCCCGGCGAUCGACGGCUUCGAGUGCGCCGCCCCCGGCGCCACCGCCGCCGAGUCCUUCUGCCGGGCCGCCGUGCUGGACAACCCCUCCGCGCUCUGCAACGUGCCGGCCGUGACCACCACCGCCGGCCACAUCUCCUUCCCGUUCCCGAGCCAGGAGCCCAACGCCUGCUUCUACAGCCUCAACUCCCUCUACUACCGCCCCGGCAAGCCGGGCCCCGCUCAGUGCGACGGCGGCGGCGGCGUGUCGCCCGCCGCGCUGAACACGACCCUGUUCUACUGCCCGCCGUGGCCGUGGCCGCCCAUCCCGUUCUGCACGCCGCGGCCGUGGUUCCCGCCGAUACCGUUCUUCACGCCGCCGCCGCCGGCGUUCCCGUUCCCGCUGCCGCCGAUCCCGUUCUUCACGCCGCCGUCGCCCCCGCCGCCGGCGUUCCCUUUCCCGCUACCACCGUGGCCAUGGACGCCACCAUCGCCCCCGCCAUCGCCGUCGUUCCCGUUUCCUCAUUUGCCGCCGAUCUUUACCACACCAUCUCCCCCGCCGCCGCCGCCGCCAGCAUUCCCGUUCCCGUUUCCGCCGCUUCCACACCUGCCUCCGCUGCCGCACUUGCCACCAUUGCCGUCGCUGUAUCCACCGCCCCCUCCGCCGCCGCCGCCGCCACCUCCACCACCAUCGUUUCCUUGGCCUUUCCCGCCACUACCUUUCUUCCCUCCAGGUUCUCCGGGGCCAUCUCCACCGCCUGUGAAGUACUCUCGGAAAGAUCCAAGCACUUGGUCUCCUUCCGGCAAUCGGCCAUAAAGUAAAUAAUUAGUUUUGCUCCUGCUGGGAAGGAUAAUGUGAAAAACACCGCUUGGUAUAUGAAUUUUCUCCUUUUUCCUGUUUUUAUUUAUAUCCACUUAGCUGUAUGAACACGAAUGUAAAUUUGUGCUUGCGCCCCUAUACAUAUAUAAACGCAGAAUUUCUAGGUUCUAAA